AUGGCAACCAACGUAAAAUGGCGUCCGACUGGUGCUUUCAUUUUUGUUGUUCUGAUGGUGACUAAUAUAGAUUGUUCAAAGGACCUUAUAGAAAAGAUGAGUAUUUCCUUUUUGAAAAAUGUACAAGAUUGUAAAAAGGAGUUGUCGGCGCCAGACGAGGUGAUUAAGAGUCUGAUGAAAUUUUGGGAAGAAGAUGCAGAUCUUUCUCACAGGGAAUUGGGCUGCCUAAUUCUGUGCGUAGCCUCUAAGCACGAGCUGGUCGAAUUAGAUACCUAUAAACUACACCAUAAGAACGCUUUUGAAUACGCGAAAAAGCAUGGUGCAGACGAUGACACUGCAAAGAAAUUAAUAACCCUCAUCCAAGGUUGCGAAUCACAAAAUGAAGGGAAUAGUGACCACUGUCACAGGAUACGGGAGAUAGCUAAAUGCUACCACGGUCACAUGCAUGAUUUAAAAUGGGCUCCUAGUAUGGAGGUCAUCAUAGCAGAGCUUAUGGCGGAUAUGUGA